GACAUUGAGGGAUUCAAGACUUUGAAGGAGGUGCAGAAGAGGUUACAACAUUACUGAGGGGGUGAGAGUUCAGGUGAAUGGAAAGACUGGAAGAAGCUGGAGCUGUUCUUACAGCAGAGGAAGUUCCUCCAUCUCACCCUGACCACCUGUGCUCCACCUCCCCAUGCAGGUUUACAAUGGAUCAGUUUGAUAUAAAGCCAGGCGACUAUGUGGCAGUGAUCUGGGACAAUUUGACCACAGCUGAAUCCAACUCCAAGCUGGUGCAGGACAUUCGGGCAGUUACUGGCUCUUCAGGACAUGUGGCAAUGGAGAAUAUUGAGAGGUUGCAGAUAUCUGCUCACAAGAAGUCCAGCUUUGACAUUGUGCUCUCUGGUGUCGUGCCAGACUCUGCCACCCUGCACACUUUUGACAUCUUUGCUGAAAUAGCUCGAAUCCUGAAGCCUGGAGGAAGAUUUUACUUAAAGGAGCCUGUGUGUACAUCAGGUGACGAUGGCAGACUGAAGACUGGAUCCCAGCUCAUCUCUCUGCUGAAACUGGCGGGAUUUACGGAGGUCUGUGAGAUGGAGAAGGAACCUUUAACUGCUGAUCAGCUGAGUUCCAUGAACCAAGCCAUCGACUCCCCGAGUGGCAACCUCAUGAAGCUGGGAGUAAGGGCUGAGAAACCAAAUUUUGAGGUUGGAUCCUCUUCUCAACUCAAACUGUCCUUCGUGAAGAAAACAAACUCACCACCAGAGAAGCCACAGUUGGACCCCAGUACAGCAAAGGCCUGGACCUUGUCAGCUACGGAUAUGAAUGAUGACGAUGUGGAUCUCAUCGAUUCUGAUGAGUUGCUGGAUGAAAAUGAUCUGAAGAAGCCGGACCCAGCCUCGCUCCGAGUCAUGAACUGUGGAGACAGCAAGAAAAAGAAACGGGCCUGUAAAAACUGCACGUGUGGUCUCGCAGAAGAGCUGGUGGGGAGAGGACCCAAAGAUGUGAAGACACUGCAGGUCAAAUCAUCAUGUGGAAGUUGCUAUCUGGGUGACGCAUUCCGCUGUGCCAGUUGUCCGUACAUGGGGAUGCCUGCCUUCAAGCCUGGCGAACAGAUCCUGCUGUCGAACAAGACUCUCAGUGAUGCCUGACAUGUCUGAAGAAGGCAGUUGAUGGACAUGUUGCUGUAUGUCUCCCCACCUGGGUGAAUCUGUUCCUUCCAUCAGAACUGUGGGGUCUGUGCUCUCACCUCAACCAGAUCAGUGAAGCGUUGGAUCUGAUUCAGUCAGUCAGAAGUUGUUGUUUCUCACUACCGGGUAGAUUAGGUUUAUUUGUGAUCUCAGUUCGGGGGUUUAUUGGGGUGGGGAAAUAAAUGGUGAAUGAUACCUGA